CUCGGUCUCAUCGAAGAUUCUUUUGCAACCAUCCAGUCUCACCACAUCACCAUCUUCUUCAAUGGUAACACUGACUGCAUACUCCUGAACCAGCUCUUCUCAUCCCCCCCUUUCCUCCGGGGCUGACAAACACACACGCUCCACUGCCUCCCCCUUGCUCCUUACCCCACACCACAAUGGCAGCACCCAGUCAUGCGGCUCACCGGGCCCCCGAAUACCUGGCACCCGCACUGGAAACGGAUUCACCAUACGACUCGCCCACUACGACACUGAAUCACUCGGCAGGGUCACCGGCGUCUGUGGCGCCGCCGAUGCGGGAGGAACGCUCGGAUGACGAGGAGGAGCAAGGCGAAGCAGGCGAGCUGCCCAGCAAUGCAGCCUCAUCCAGCCGUCCUGGUGUUCGUCAGGGGCUCUCCACCUCCUUUCGAGAACCGCAAAAGGUUACACUCACCAAGUCUCGACCUCCGCCUCCAGCAACUCGAGGAUCGGCAGCGCCAGGUCUCGCUCGUCGUUGCUCGGCUGCGUCCUCAAGGCCUCCCAGUCCACCGUUUCCGUCCAUGGCACUGGCAUUGUCUCGCUCAACUUCUGCCGCAGGAGCUCAAUACAUCGAGUGGGAGCUGGAUGACCCCGAGGAUCCUUUCAACUGGAGCAAACCAAAGAGAUGGGGCCUGGUGAUAUGCUGUAUGCUCUAUACCGGAGUCACAGCACUCGUUGCCACUGCGUAUUCUGCACCAAUAGACCUGGUGACAGCUCAAUUUGGCAUCUCGAGUACUAUCUACCUGUUAGGCAAUACCACCUUCCUGGUCUCCGUAGCAUUCGCGCCCCUCGUCCUCGCGCCCUUUUCCGAACUCGUAGGUCGCAAAAACAUCUUCGUCGUCUCAGCAUUCGUCUUCACGAUGAUGACAAUACCCCAAGCUCUCGCUCCCAAUAUCGAAGGGAUCAUCAUCCCGCGUAUAUUUCAGGGAAUGGCUGGCUCCGUGGGCAAUUCAAUCACCGGCGGCAUCGUCGCGGACCUCUUUGUCUCGCACGACAGAAGUCUACCAAUGAGCUUCUAUGCCCUCAUCGUCUUUGUGUCUCAGGGUAUCGGGCCGCUAGCUUCUGCGUGGACUGUCUACGCACACUCCUGGAGAGUGACAUUCUGGUGGCAGGGUGCCGUUGCACUGACGAGCUUCUUGUCUCUAUUAAUCUUCUUCUCCGAAACUCGAGGUCCCGUUCUGCUCUCAAGAAGAGCAGCCAGGAUGACCAAGGAGAGCGGUGGAAAGGUACAAUACCGCUGCCGAGCCGACGACGAGAAGCAUUCCUACACCCAGAUGAUCUUCACCAGCGUCAGUCGCCCCGUCCUCUACUUCUUCACCGAGCCAAUUGUCACCGCCUUCAGUCUCUGGGUGGGCGUUCUAUGGGGCACCGUUUUCCUCGCCAUCGUUGCUGUCCCGCAGUCCUUCACAUAUGCGUACGGUUGGACAUCCGAAGAGGGAUCGUUGGUGCUGCUCAUCCUUGCCGUUGGAGGUUGCUGUGGAUGGUUGCUCAACCUCAUUCAGGAGAGGUGGUACGAACAGGCGUGGAAGAAGCACAAUGGCGAGCCGCCGCCGGAGACACGACUCUACAUGUGCGCAGUGGGCGCUCUGAUGGUGCCCGUUGGUCUGAUCUGGUUCGCAUGGGGUUGCCGGACAGGCGUGCAUCCUGCAGUCCCCAUCCUUGGGCUGAUUUUCUUUGCCACUGGAGUCUUCCCUAUUUAUAUGGCUGUCUUUGUCUAUCUCAGCGAUCUCUACAUGCGGUACGCCUCUUCCGCCCUCGCAGCGCAAUCGGCCUUGCGCAACAUCCUAGCGGGAACUUUUGUCCUCUUCACUCCAGCCAUGUACACCCGUCUCACACCACAGUGGGCUACAUCUCUUCUGGCUCUGAUUGCCCUCCUCUUGGGCUCCUGCCCAUUUGUCCUGCUGGCCUUUGGUGCAAAGAUCCGAGCGAGGAGCAGAGUGGCGCAGGCGCUCAAGAGGGAGGAUGAGGAGCUGGCAGAGUGGAGGGCGGCGGAGGCUGCCAAAGUCGAAAGGAGGAACCGAAGGAGGGAGCAAAAGGAGGAGAUGAUGAGGGGUUUCCAGGAGAAGAGGGACGAACAAGUUUCAGGGCCAAUGCUGCAGAGCAAAGGCGAGGAGAAGGUGGGUGGGAGCGCAGCCCCUGAUCUCGAAAAGGGCCUAGAGGCGGAACAGAACAAAGCAUCAUCGCAAUAGAGGCUGCAAGCCGAGUCUGAUUCAAUUGAUUACUAUUCAACACUGUAGCGACCUUCCUCCUGAAUACGUCGG